ACAAGUACACAACACAUAUACGAACACUAAUCCCGGGGAUCUCUGGUAAGCUGGUACUAGGAUCGAGCUGAGAUGGCCGCCGCCGUGAUCAUCUCCUCCGCCAAGGUGGCUGCUGCACUCGUCGCAGUGUUCGCCGUGCUUGCCACGUACGCCGAAGCUGGCGGCUGGCUCCCGGCCAAGGCCACCUGGUACGGCGCGCCCAACGGCGCCGGUCCCGACGACAACGGUGGCGCGUGCGGGUUCAAGCACACCAACCAGUACCCGUACAUGUCCAUGACGUCGUGCGGGAACGAGCCCCUGUUCAAGGACGGCAAGGGCUGUGGCGCAUGCUACCAGAUACGGUGCCUGAACAGCACCCACGACGCCUGCUCCGGCAGGGCGAAGCGUGUGAUCAUCACGGACAUGAACUACUACCCGGUGUCCAAGUACCACUUCGACCUGAGCGGCACGGCGUUCGGCGCCAUGGCCAAGACGGGGCUCAACGACAAGCUCCGGCACGCCGGCAUUCUCGAGAUCCAGUUCCGGAGGGUGCCCUGCAACUACAAGGGCCUGAACGUCAACUUCCGCGUCCAGGUGGGCUCCAACCCCAACUACUUCGCCGUGCUGGUGCAGUACGCCGGCAAGGACGGCGCCGUGGUGCAGGUGGACCUCAUGGAGACCGACAGCACCACGGGCAAGCCGACGGGGGUGUGGACGCCGAUGCGCGUGUCGUGGGGCGCCGUCUGGAGGCUGGACACCGACCGCCCCACGCAGGCGCCCUUCUCGCUGCGCAUCCGCAGCGACUCCGGCAAGACGCUGGUGGCCAGCAACGUCAUCCCGGCAGACUGGAAGCCCAUGACCGACUACCCCUCCAACGUGCAGUUCCCUUAAAACGGCAUGCUGCUGCAAUCGUCUCAGAUCAUUGUUUAUUCGUCAAAAAAUACCGAUUCAUUGUUUGGUGUUGUCGUUGUACGUACGUGUCUUGAGAUGCGUGGGAAAUAUGGAGGAGGCAACGUGAUCUCCCGCCCACGAUCUCAAGUUUUGAAAUACCAUGCUAUGUAAUGUAAUACAGUACUACGUAUCAAGUUGUCAGUUCAAGAAAAUAUAUUCAAGUUUGUUCA